CACUUGACAAGUUGAACGUUUGAACCUCACUGCAUGUCAGGCCUUCAGGGUCUGAUUCAAUUAAUGAGAUUCACCACAGGCCCUAUAGGAUCACCCAGUGACUAAAUCAUGAUGAGGUUUGGUUGGCCAUCCAUUGCGCCAACGUGUGGCAUGCUGCCAGGUGGCAGGGCGCUAGCAUAAUUUUAGAGACGGUCCCUCAGCCAUGCCGCGCAUAUUAGACGCGGACAGCUGUUCUUAAACCUGCUCGCUGCUGCUGACCCUUCUAACCAGCGCAGAGCAGACCACCGUUUACUUACUACUAUGGGUUGCUGCGCAUCAUUUUUUCGAAAGUCCCAGCGUCAAACUGUUGAAAAUGGCAAUGUCAGGUCUGUAGACAGUGCUGCCGCCUUCGCAGAUCCUGCAAUCCGCCCAUCUACGAUACCAGUCGUACCAGUGUCAGUACUAUCUGAUAUUACCACUCUGCAGCCAAAUGGACCCAUACCGUCCAACAUAGUGAAUGAUAAUCUUGCAUCUAGCGCCGUGAUUAUGAUACAGCCGAUUACCCCCGGUGCACGGCCCGUGGCCUUCGAUGCGGACCCGUAUGCCAUUUCGCCUACAUCCAUCAGGAAGCAAUCAGAAUAUCCCACGUCAUCUGGCGGCUUGGGCGAUAUCUGGAAGUGUUCAAGGAUUAUCGAUUCAGCAACCUCUACUGAGGUUGCUGUCAAAACUAUCAGGAUUACAGACAUACGUAAUGAAGAAGCCGUUAAAAAAGCGGAGAAGAGACUUCGCCGCGAGGUAGCCGUAUGGAUCAGACUGAGGAAUGCGCAUAUUCUCACCCUUCACGGCACGGUCUCCGGUUUUGGACAAUUGCCUGCUCUUGUUUCAGAAUGGAUGCAUAACGGGGCACUUGAUAGUUACCUGGAGCACACGAACCUCACCAUGGAACAGAAACUAAAGCUGCUGAAACAGGUAGUGGAUGGCUUGAGAUAUCUUCAUGAACAAGAAGUAAUUCAUGGGGACCUGACCAGUAAAAAUGUUGUGAUCCACCGCAACGGCAAUGCAUUUUUGACAGAUUUCGGUCUCUCAGUGGCUCUCGCAGAGGCAGACAGAUCGUACUACAACUCUCAUUCGAGUGGCGCUGUCCGGUGGUUAGCGCCCGAAUUGAUCGGCUCAUUGGAACCAGAGAGCACUCCAGAUGGUAGUGCCAGCGAUGCCGAUCUCCCAAAGCCAAACAGUCAGAGCGAUGUAUUUUCGCUCGGUUGUAUCAUGCUCCAUGUCUUCUCGGGUAAACAGCCCUUCUGGUGGCUUCAAAAUGUUCAGCAGGUAUUCAGUGCUCAGUUCAAGCGCGUAGAGCCAUAUCGGCCUGAACCUAGUGUGACCGUUAACCAGCCGCAUCUGGAUUUCAUGCGCAGAUGUUGGUCAGCAGAGCCUCAAGUUCGUCCUUCCACUGGGGAUGCUGCUUCCUUUGUAGAAGAAGAGCUAGCCAGUGUUCCUUUUCACUAGUUCAGCGCUCGAUGUAUGUUAUGGUACGCUUUGGAUAUAGAUUGCGGUUGUAGCUCACCUAUAUAUAAAGUAUCUCGAUGAUCGUUGAUUAAUAUACUCCUUAUUUUGAGUCUUAUUAUUAUAUCACCGAGCACAGUACAUGUGUACGCAGCAUGCUAAAUUAUGAUGGCUUGCAAGUUGUGUUUGACAAGUUCACCAG